UUAUGUAAGAAUGCCUGUUUUUAAGAUGUCUGCUCCCUUACGAGCUUCGAUUAGGGUUUUAAAUAAAGCUGGUAAAAAGCUUCCUCAGAGAUCAGCUGUUGUUUUGACUCAGUCAGCUGUGGAUAAAGUAAAACAUCUUUUGCAGUCUAAUCCAAAUGCAGUUGCUCUAAAAGUAGGAGUUAAGCAUAAAGGAUGCAAUGGACUCAGUUAUACAUUGGAUUAUGCUAUAGAAAAGGGAAAAUUUGAUGAAGAAGUUGUACAAGAUGGUAAGUUUGUUUUUAUUGCUAAAAUUACUUUGAUGAAAACUUGCAAUACUCCUUUAGAGUAUGCAAUAUCAUUAUUAACACAGUAA